UGAGUGCGUGAAGUAGGAGAAGCAGAAGCCAAAAGAAGAAGACGAGCAAAAAAAGCCUUGAGAAGAUUACCAAGAUUGAUCCUUCCUUGCGGCCUCCCUCCGCCCCCUUCAGGCCAGCAUCCCGUCUUGAGGCUUCCCUGGGUUCGCAGGGUCCCUGGCUCCACACGAGUUGGCCUUCGCCUGAGCCGUGGCAGAGCUAUGACCUUCGACCCGCCCCAGCCCGUUCAGCUUGGAUUUUGACACACGGGCUGGGCAGUCUUCCCGGUCCACAUCCCACUACCGUUUUCAGUGUUCCACGGGCUCGGUGACCGCGGACCCCUCAGCAGUGUGAACGUGGCGGAGUACUUGCCGCCCGCUCGACCGCCCGUGCUCCAUGGAUCAUCACGGGUGGGCGGAAGGCCAUUAGAUUCGAUCACCUAGACGUCCCACGGCCUUGUCCGAGGGCGGAUGCGGCUGAUAGUGAACCGCGUGAUGCUGAGGUCCGUGAAAGUGGUAGUGCCGUUUCGAUUCCGUGCCCCGCGCCCUUAAGGCCUGUCCUGGCGUGGGGGCGUGGCCGCGGGGCGUGUGUGCGCCAUGGCGGGCAAUGUGAAACUCAGCCCGCUGGAUCUGGAGAUCCUGUCCGAGUUAGAUGCCUUGGCCUUCGGGUUUGUGCGCCUCUCGCUCGAGGAGUCGCCGGGCUCGCGCAAGAAGCAGGUUGCCCUCAAGGCCGUGGCGUUCAUGGAGCGUUUGGUGGUGGAGCGGCAGGCCCGCCUCAACCAGCAGCGACACGCCGACUCCAACAACAAUGGGUCGCGCAAUCCGCUCAUUGACCCGCUUACCUAUUGCAAAUUGGGCCACCUCCAUCUCCUGCUCGGCGAUUACACCAAGGCCCUGUCGGCCUACCAGAAGUACGCCACCUUGACGCCUAAUCAAUACUGGCGGAAUACGGUCUACCUGUACGGCCAAGGCCUGGUGUUCUUCCAUUUCAACGCCUUUCGAUGGGCUACCAAAGUGUUUCAACAAGUGCUCUACCUCGAACCCGGCUUCCCGCGGGUCAACGAGAUCCAUAUCCGACUCGGCAUCAUGGCCAAAGUGAAUAAUGACUUUGGCACGAGUCUACGCCACUUUCAAAUGGCUCAAAUCAACACGGCUCCGUGCACUUUCAACGAGGCUGAGAUCAACUUCCACAUCGCUCAUCUCCACGAAGUGUAUGGCAAAUACGCCAAGGCCAAUCUCCUCUAUCGUGAUCUACUCAAAGACCCUGACCUAAGUUCGCCCUUACGAGCGGACGUCCACCGGCAGUUAGGCUGGAUCUUCUAUUCCGUGGACGCCAUGGGCGAAAAGAUGGGCCGAAUCCAAACGGCCAUUCAACACCUCCAAAAGUCCAUCGAGAUCGACGCUAAGUCCGGCCAAAGUCUGUAUUUGUUGGGUCGCUGUCAUGCGGCCAUGGGCAAAGUUCACGAGGCCUUUAUCGCGUAUCGCAAUUCCGUGGACAAAUCGGAAAGCAACGCCGAUACAUGGUGCUCCAUCGGAGUGUUGUACCAACAGCAAAACCAACCCAUGGACGCGCUCCAAGCUUACAUUUGUGCUGUGCAAUUAGAGAAAUUUCACGUGGCGGCCUGGACGAAUCUGGGCAUUUUGUACGAGUCCGUGAACCAGUUGCAGGAUUCGCUUACGUGUUAUUGCAAUGCUGUCUCCAAACUCAAGAAUCCGAGCCCUAAUCUCCACCAACGUAUCAAGUAUUUAAAGACUCAGUUGAGCAAUGCUCCGCCACCCAGUCAUUCCAUGAAAAGCAAGCAGUUACCCUCCGUCGAAGAGGCCUGGAAUCUCCCCGUGAGCAACGAAAUGGCCGGUCGCCAGUCCAAUGCCAUGAAAGGCGCCAAAGUUAGUGCGCCCCAGAACGGGCCAUCGGAUCCGAACAAACGAUUCAAGUCCGAGAGCAACCCUGGUAAUAAUGCUCCACCCGCUUUGACACCCCAGCAGCUUCAGACCUUACAUCAUCUGCAAAGUCAGGCCAGUUUGGUUCCGCCUCAGCAGCAACUACUCCAAACGCUCCAAUCUCAACUGCACAAUUACCGGCAAUAUCAAGUGAAAGUCCAACAACAACGAGUGGUCGAGAACGCCGUGUCCUCGCUGGACUCGGGAGAACUGGUCAAUGCCGACAUCUUGGCCGAGCUUCAAAACAAAGACCUGGGCAGUGUGAGUGACCGCGAGCUCGAGGCCUUGAUUUCCCAACAAGACAUUGGCUCUUUUGCCGAGAGCCUCUUGAAACAAAUCCAAGCCGAUGGCGUCGAGCAUCACGACAUGGAAGUGGACGGGGAACGAGACGGAGAUGAUGAGGAUUCGGGCCGAUCCACGAGGGCCUCACAUCAGACUGAAAAUGGCGUGAUGGAAAGUAAGGAUUCCAUAAUGGAGUGCUCCACCGACAACCGUGACGAUUCCGGAUUCAAACUCGAAGACGGCGGGGUCAAUGCGCAGGUCACGUCAUUGGACAUUCCCACCCAUUUAGAGGUAGUGCGCAGUACAAAGUCACUCUGCGUUGACACGAGUAUGACGAGUGAUGAGAUCCUGCUGGUUUGCAAAAAGUGGUUCGAAUCGAACACGGAGCUGUCGCUGACCCUGUCUAUGACGGAUAAGGGCCCUCCGGAGCCACCCGAGAGGCCUCAAAAAUCACUUUCCAAAGAGAAUCUUCUUCCACCCACGCCCAGUGUUUAUUUGGAGAACAGGAAGGAUGCGUCCUCGGCUCAGCUCCAAGAGUUUUGUAUUAAGCACCCCAUCACCGUGGUGAGAGGCAUCGCGAGCGCUCUCAAGUUGGAUCUGGGCCUCUUCUCUACCAAGCAAUUGGUAGAAACUCACGGUAGUCAGAAAGUGGAUGUGAUCACCCAGUUGAAGCAAAACGCUGAUGAGAACUGGGACUUCAACCUCACCAAGCAAGUGUGGCAUUGCAUUGUGACCAAAUCCAACACCACCAUCAGCAAAUACGCCCAAUACCAAACGGCCACUUUUCAAGAUAGUCUCAAAGAGGAACAAGAGAAAGGUGGCUCAGGAGGGUUUCGAGGCGAUCUCGAUCUCGAUGGACGUGAAGAGACGCGUCGUCGUCGGAAACAGCAAUCCUUCCUCCAAUUUGGAAUGAACGUGGACCUCUCCGAACAACGCCAUUGGCGAACUCAACUGACUGAACUGAUGAAACUUCCGCCUUGGGCGCGGGUCGUGUCGGCUGGGAAUAUGCUUACUCACAUCGGAUAUCCGAUCCCAGGGAUGAACACGGUCCAACUUCAAAUGAAAGUGCCUUGCUCCCGGACGUUUGCGCGACAAGAGAGUAAUAAUUUCUGUGCCAUUGAUAUCAAUAUUGGGCCCGGUGAUUGCGAGUGGUUUGCGGUGCCCUACGAGUAUUGGGGAGCAGUGCGAACGCUGUGCGAGAAGCACGGUGUCAAUUUUAGCCAUGGCUCUUGGUGGCCGAAUAUGAAGGAUCUCAUGGAGGAAGAAGUGCCCGUGUACCGAUUCCUCCAAAGGCCCGGCGACAUGGUGUGGGUGAAUUCCGGCUGCUUGUAUUGGGUGCAAGCGGUGGGUUGGUGCAAUAAUAUCAAGUGGAACGUGGGUCCUCUGACCAACACUCAAUACAACCUGGCCUUGGAACGCUACGAGUGGAACAAAUUGCUGGGGAUGAAGUCCCGGGUGCCCAUGGUCCAUCUCAGUUGGAGCUUGGCCCGAAACGUGCGUCUGAACGACGAGGCACUCUACAAAUCCAUGAAGAAUACACUAGUACAAAGCCUCAAGAGGACGAUUCUGAUUCUCGAGUACCUGAAAUCCGCGGGCAUUGAGUUAAAGCACCACAGUCGCAAACGUCACGAUCCGGCCCAUUAUUGUGCACAGUGCGAACGAGAGGUCUUUGCCAUCCUAUUUGUGAGAGAAAUCGAGAGUCAACACAUCGUGAGCUGCUUCGAUUGUGCCAGGUCCAGAAGUCCAGAUCUCAAAGGGUUGGUGUGCUUGGAGGAAGUUCGAUUAUCCGAUCUGAAGGCCGUCCACGAUGGUUUUCGAUUCCAAGUGACACCUGGACCCACCCCAGCCUACGGACACCAUGCGGCCUUGGCGGCUAAUGCUGCUGCGGCCUUGGUUAGCCCCACAUCUAGUAGUGCGGCUCAACACCACGUGGCCGCGGAAACCUUGUUUGCCGGUGCUUUAACCAACCAUCAAAUGCUGGGCUUGUCCGCCUAUCAGUCUGCGGCGGCGGCCGCAGCCGCAGCUGCUGUUGCCGUUUCAGGCGUCUCCUCGGGGAGCACAGAUCCAAGAGCCUCGUUCUCAGCCCCUACAGGCACUCUGCUGCGAAGUCUUCCUCUUUGCCUGCCCGCUUGCUCAUCACUGCCAAUUUCGAGCCAGGGUCGAGCUCCUUGCCUUGGGGAAGUCAUGGAGGACUCUGCCACGCCUGAGAUCGGUCCCAUCGAGGCCAUGCGACAGGACAAACGCAAAUUCCAAGAGGGCAAGCUCGAUGUCUCUCUGAGCUCGUCCGAACUUCUGUCCUGUUGUAAGGACCUCGGUCAUGACGAUGGAGACAUCAACACACGCCUCUACGACGCACCGCCCGUCAAUCCUCCCAAGUCGAAGGCAACAAGCCUGAGCCGCGAGGAACUCCUCCCGCCCACCCCCAGUGUAUAUGUACGCUCCAAAGAGGAGGCCUACUCGCCCCAACUCCUAGAAUUCUGUCUUCAGAAACCCAUUGUUCUCAUACGUAAUCUAGCUUCAAUUUGUGAUAUUGAUCUCCAGUUGUACUCGACCAAGCGCUUGGUCCAAUCCCACCCGUCGCACCCGGUGGAGAUCCGAUCCCAGAUGGAACAAACCGCCGACGAGAACUGGGAUCCCACCAUGUCCAAGCAAGUCUGGUACUGCACCUCAUCUCGAUCUCACACAACCAUAGCGAAAUACGCCGAGUAUCAAGCCAGUAACCUCGAAGAGACUUGGGACACCAUGGAGCGAACGGUGAACCCCAAGUUUGAUUUCUCGGACAAACCCACACGGAGAAUGAUCAAGUUCGGUACAAAUUGCGACCUCUCGGACGAGAAGAAGUGGGCCCCUCAACUUAACGAUUUGUGGAAGUUGCCGGCGUGGCUCCGCGUCGUGUCCGCCGGCAAUAUGCUCUCACACGUGGGCCAUCAGAUUUUGGGUAUGAAUACGGUUCAGCUGUACAUGAAAGUGCCGUGUGCGCGAACGCCAGGCCAUCAGGAGAACAACAACUUCUGUGCGGUCAACAUCAACAUCGGUCCGGGCGAUUCGGAAUGGUUCGGUGUGGCUAACGAGUAUUGGAGUGAAGUGGAGCAAUUUUGUCACAAGAACGGGCUCAGCUACUUACACGGGUCAUGGUGGCCCAACAUCAGUGAAUUGACUGAGGCGGGUAUUCCGUGCUAUCGGUUCCUCCAAAAGCCGGGCGAUGUUGUGUUUGUCAAUUCCGGAUGUGUUCAUUGGGUGCAAGCCACAGGCUGGUGCAAUAACAUCGCAUGGAAUGUCGGGCCGCUGACGCACCGGCAAUACGCCAUGGCCAUGGAACGGUACGAGUGGAAUAAGUCCCAGAAGUAUCAGUCCAUUGUGGCCAUGACAUUCUUGUCGUGGAACUUGGCGCGGAACCUGCGCGUGAGCGAUUCCCGCCUCUUCCUGUCCAUCCGAGCUGUUCUGAUGCAAAGUAUUCGUCUCAUCGUUCAACAGUUGUCGUUUGCCGAGACCAAAGGCAUCAAGAUUCGCUUCCAUGGACGUAAGCGCAACGAACCCGUCCACUAUUGCGGUCUGUGUGACGAGGAAGUCUAUAACGUUCUGUUUGUCAAAGAGAAUGAGAAGCGUCACACUGUGCAUUGUCUGAGAUGCGCCCGUACUCAAGACUCUGAUCUCAAGGGCUUUGUCUGUCUGGAGGAAUACCACCUCCAAGACUUGCUCGACACCUACGACAAUUUCCAAUUGGCCACCAGUGGCGAAUUGAUUUCGUCUAGUGUAGCUUCUUAGAAUGAGGACAAUCAUUAUUGAAAUUAUUACUAUUAUUAUUAUCAUCAUUAUCAUCCUCAUUAUUCCUCAUCCUCAUUAUUCUUCGAUCAUCGUCGCCGUCUUCGAAACAGCAACAACAACAACAACAACAACAACGUCGUCGUCGUCGUCGUCGUCGUCGUCAUCGUCGUCGUGGUGGUGGUGGGCGAAUCCAAUGACAAUGGGUGGUGUUGGAACUCUUUUUAGACCUCUCCUCAAUAUCUCUCUGUCCAAUUUCUCGUCUUCUUUCACCUCUAUACCAACCAACCAAUCACCCACCCACCCACUCAGUCAGUCAGUCACCGAUUGAUUGAGUCGAAAUGUAUUUUGAAUCGUCUAUUGUUAUGCGUCUUUAGGUAACAUUUCGAAUCUUCCUAAUGAUGAUGGAAUUCCUUCAAUCAUCCUUUUAUUUAUUUUCAAUGAUGAACUCCCUCCCUGCCUCCUCUUUUUAUUGAAAGCGAGUAAUUACAGGCCUAAUUGCGACGAUGCUCGAAGCGUCGCGUUCAAGCCGCAAUAGCUCGGGAAAGCCGUUUUCUCGACCGAUAUGAUGAUCUACUUUGCACCUACAACCAACAAAACCAAACAACCAACCGACUGAACAACACAAAUUUUACUAUUAGUAGAUUGUAAUGGUUUUGAUACCAUUCAAACCUUUGGGAAUAACACUGCCAUUAUUCACGAUUUCGUUUCUUUGCAAAAUGUACAAAUGUGUAGUAUGUGUAAAUAGUAUAUCUAUCGCGCCCUUGUAUCUCGUUGAAGAAUACCAGAAUAGAAGUAUUUGUAUCAUACUGUA